AUGAAAGCAACACAUUCAAGCAGCGGCCUAUCAGCGAGUGGCCAUUUCACACCUGUUCCAUUUGAACCACCCAAAACUUCACUCGCCGGUACGAAGAUCGACGGAUCCUACGAGCUGUUUCAGUCAAUGGCGGGAAUGGAACUCAACUGGCCCUCCAAGACUCCUUCUUUUGGCUCCGUGACAGAGAGCUCUCCAUCGCUUUCAUCCUCGUUCGAUUUUAUGGAUGUACCCAGAGAAGAACCCAUUCCAUGUGGACUACCUCUACCAGAAAGUACUUUCAUGGGUCAUCUGCCGGACAAGGAUUUCGCUCCAGGGACCCAUGAUGCACCGUUCAUUGCAGAUUCUCUGUCAGGGAGCAACGACACCAACUCUUCAUUUCAGUAUCCAAUGGGUACCGAGACCAAGCCCUGGACCCCCCAAUAUUACCCAGACAGGCUAGCAUGGCCAGCUCUCACAACCCUGCCAUCCUGUUCAUGGCCAAUGCCCGAGAAUUCGGGCAUCAGCAGCCCCGAAACUCAGCUGAUACCUCCCUACCACUUCACCUCCAACAAUAUAUUACCAUCGCACAACCACGAUGCCAACAUCCCCUCGGCACCCAGGCCAGAUGAACCAGACUACUCCUCAAUCACUCCUCUUGGAAUGAGUAUCUCCCAGUCCCCGCCUACCACUAUCUUACAAACACACACCGGCCUACCACCCAUGCCCGAUUGCACCACAUCAUUCCCUAUCCCCGGCUUAUCAACCCCCCAUCCAGAGCCUCCACAACUCGAAAGCGAAAACCCAGCCAUAAAAGCGAGUCUGCACUACAGCGACGCUCGCAACGCGCUACUCAUCGAAUGGAAGCGAGCCGGGCUAUCCUACAAAGAUAUCAAACGCAUGGGCGGUUUCAAGGAAGCCGAAUCGACCUUGCGUGGACGAUUUCGAACCCUUACCAAGGCUAAAGAGCAUCGUGUGCGGAAACCCAAGUGGCUCAAGAGCGAUGUGAGUAUUACCCCAGACACAUGUCCCGAGGCCUGUCACGGCAUACAGAUCCAACUCCUCUGCGAAGCAGUAGCUGCAGGUGCGGGCCCGGCUUCGCCGUCUGGGUCGGGCUAUACGUUCCUUGCACAAGCAAACUUCACCAUGGCGAUGACGGGACAGCCGCCCAAGGUAUCGUGGAAGAAAGUGGCUCAGUAUAUCUGGAGUCAUGGGGGCUCUUAUCAAUUUGGGAAUGCGACUUGUAAGAAGAAGUGGUGUGACAUUCAUGGGAUCAAGAUAUGA